AUGAUGAACGAUUUUAGGGCGUGGAUGCUGAGAGUGGUUAUUGGCUGUCCACGUCUCAGAAGAAAAAAAUCGUUGGAAUCCUACUUUGAUAAACUAUCCGACGAUCUGUUUGUAGAAAUUCUCCAGAGACUCCCUCUCAAACUCAUCCAUCUCUGCAAGUGCGUUUCAAAACGCUGGUAUGGUUUCAUAUCCACUCCUCACUUUGCGCGAUGCUAUGCUCACAAUUGUUCGUCUUUGGUGCCUCCUUUUGCCCUCUUCCACCAGUUCCAAUAUCCAGCUUGUGGAGUCCGAUCAAUAGCCGAAGAACCCAUUUUUGAAUCUCGUGGGUUUGAUCUGGACUUCCUUGUAGCACCACCAUCAAAUGAACAUCAAACAGAGGCAAGUCGUUACUUAGCACCGAGCAAUGGCUUAGUACUAUCCUCAGCAACCUUGAAUUUUCCGAGGGUUUACUAUGUCUGCAACCCACUCACAAGGCAUUGGGUUGAGCUUCCUCCACCACCGACUUGCCAAGAAAAGGUUAACAGUGGAUUUGUUUGCAAACCAUGUUAUUCUUUUGAUGGUACCACCUGCACAACUAGUUUCAGAGUGGUUCGAUUAAUCCACCAAUUUGAACCACCACAAAACCCACCACCAGGUUCGGCCACUCUUAAAUUGGAGAUAUUUUCAUCCGACACAUGCAAAUGGACCGAAACAAUCAUAUCGAUCAGAGGGCAUAAAUUUAUUGAGUCCCACUGCCAUUCUAAUGCGGUGGUUUGCAAUGGAAUACUCCACUGGAUGAACCUUUAUCGUGGCAAGAUUUUUCCCUAUGAUCCAUUCAACAACACCGAUCAAUUUCGUACUAUAAGAGAGCCCAAGGACAUAUCUGUCAAGGAGGCCUGUGAACAUCUCUUGGGAGUGCCAAGGACAACUCAGGUUCAGUCAAUAUUAUAUUGA